AUGAGGUCCAUGAAGGCGAAGCACCGGCUCGUCCGACCCCUCCCUCGACUCCUCUCCUCAGCUGCCGGGCAAUCAAUACCCGCCUCCAGCCAAAUCACACCGAUCACCUCUCUCCUGAUUGCAAACCGUGGUGAGAUCGCUCUGCGCAUCCACAAGACGGCGGACAGACUGGGUAUACGGACAACGACGCUAUACACGGAUCCCGAUAGCUCUAGCCAGCACGCUGCCUGCUCUCCGCACUCUCUGAACCUGGGCGAAGCGAAGGCGUAUCUUGAUGGCGAACGCAUCAUCUCCAUAGCCAAAAAGCACGGCAUCCAGGCCUUGCACCCGGGCUAUGGCUUUCUUUCCGAAAACUCCAAAUUCGCCGAGCGAUGCGAACAGGAAGGCAUUGUCUUCGUCGGCCCUCCGGCGCAAGCCAUGGCAGACAUGGGUGACAAGGCGCGGAGCAAAGAGAUCAUGACUGCCGCUAGCGUACCUUGCGUACCGGGAUACCACGGCUCUGAUCAGGGCGAGGAUCAGCUGCUGCGGCAUGCCAAGGACAUCAAGUUUCCCGUCUUGCUCAAGAGCGUCAAGGGCGGCGGUGGGAAAGGCAUGCGUAUCGUCUUGACCGAAGACGAGUUCGCGGCCCAGCUCCGCAGCGCCAGAGCCGAGGCCCGCGCAUCUUUUGGCGAGGGCGGUGAGGUCAUGCUGGUUGAGAAGUACAUCGUGCGUCCGCGCCACGUCGAGGUGCAGGUCUUUGCUGACAAGCUCGGGAACUGCGUCGCCUUGGGAGAGCGUGACUGCAGUAUACAAAGACGCCAUCAGAAGAUCCUUGAAGAGUCCCCGGCGCCGGACCUCGACGAUGCGACACGCCUGGAUCUGUGGGAUAAGGCGAGGAAAGCAGCUCUGGCAGUAAACUACGUCGGGGCCGGCACCGUGGAGUUCAUCCUCGACCGAGACACCGGGGAGUUCUACUUCAUGGAGAUGAAUACCCGUCUACAGGUCGAGCAUCCCGUUAGUGAGAUGGUUACCGGCACCGACCUAGUUGAGUGGCAAUUUCGUGUUGCCGCUGGCGAGAAGCUGCCCCUGACGCAAGAGGAGAUUAUGGAGAACAUCAAGCAACAUGGCGCAGCCAUUGAGGCUCGUAUUUACGCAGAAAACCCAGAGAAAGGAUUCAUGCCUGACUCGGGCAAGCUUAUUCACUUGACAACCCCGAAGACGAAUGAAGAUAUCCGUAUUGAUGCUGGGUUUGUCCAAGGGGACACCGUCUCGGAAGCCUACGACGGCAUGAUUGCUAAGCUUAUUGUACGAGGCAAAGACAGAGAGACUGCGAUCCGACGCAUGGAACUUGCUCUCCGGGAUUACGAAGUCGUUGGUCUCAGCACCAACAUUGAGUUCCUCAAGCGGCUCUGCAGGUCACCUGCCUUUAUCGAGGGUGAUGUUGAGACGGGUUUCAUCGAGAAAUGGAAAGAGGAGCUCUUCAAGCCUCGGCCGAUUCAUAGCGAAGUCUUUGUCCAGGCUGCUCUAGGCUCUCUUUCCCCCCAGCUUGCGAAUGAUGGACCCCACGGAGGCAGCCUUGGUUUCGGCGAGGCAAGCACGCUGGGCGAGAGAAGAUUCGCCUUCAAAGUGCUCGACUCGUACAGCGAGCAGGAAGGGGAGGUUGUUGAAGUCAGCAUCACGCAGACAGCUCACCAACUGUUCACUGCGCGGGUUUCAAGGAAGGGACAAGAUUCACCCGAUGUUUUCGAGAAUCUCGUCAGCAAAACAUUGUCAAACUCGGCCACAACUAAUGCUCUGGCGACAUUCUUCCCUGCGGAACGCUUGACCUCUACCGUUGUCCAAAAUGCCCAGAGCGAGCAGGACACCAAGAUCAUUGUGUUCCAGCAUGGUGUGAAGACGGAACUCUCCCUCAUGCCGCCCACUUGGUUUGAGAAAGCUCUUGGUUUGAAGGAGGCUACUGCUUCCGUAGUAGCACCCAUGCCUUGUAAGAUUCUGAAGAACGAAGUCGAAGAGGGCCAGACAGUGGCCAAGGGAGCUCCGUUGGUAGUGAUCGAGUCGAUGAAGAUGGAAACAGUCAUUCGGUCACCACAGAACGGUGUCAUCAAGCGCUUGGCGCAUAAGGAGGGAGAUAUUUGCAAGGCUGGAACGGUUCUUGUAUUGUUUGAGGAGGACGCUGCCAAGGAAGAGACAUCAUGA